AAAAGAGGAGGGAAAAAGCCGGAAAUCAGUCUAUUUACCAUUAUCCUUUUAACAAAUUUGUAGUUAUGUUGCGAAACUAAAACUUAGUACAAAAGGAGUUUAAAACUUGCUGAAUCUGAAAAUCAUAGACUUAUAUCUCUCAAAACAAUAAAUUAUAGUUUAUUUUUAGAUCCACAAAACGCACAAUAGCUACUUGUUCAAGCAAUAUGUUCUUUAUAAAUACAUAUCGAUAUGAUAUUGUUUGUGUUCAAUUGUACUUUUCUUGUUAGGGACAUUAAGAUUAUUUAAGAUUUCUUGUAUUAAGUGUUUAGACAGAGAUUCCUCAUUAUAUUUUUAUAUAGAUAAAAAAAUUAAUUGCUGCUUUGUAAAUAAUUAUGGAGCUUGUUAUAAACAAUCAUAUACUCAAGAAAGAAAUCUGAUUGAAGAUAUUGACAGCAAUGAUCGUAAGCUACUUGAAAAACGAACAAAUCUGAAACAAAAACAAAUUACUAAUAUAUGCACACACCAUCAUGAUAUGUUAGUUGUAAGAUAUGCGGGUAAUCAGAAAAAUUGCUGUAAUUCAUUUCUGAGUCACCAAAAGGUGUGUAGAGGUAAAAAUUUAUAUAUUUAUACUUCAUUAGGUAAUAUCAUUAUUAAUAAGUGCAGAUACACACUUUGCAUCUGCCGGAGUAUCUCCAAUUAAGGUCAAAGGAUUGCACAAGUCAGGUAAAAUCAGAGAAGGUAAAUGCAAAUUGACAGCAUAAACAACCUCCAUUAAAAAAAAGGUAGCUAUUUUCCUUAAUAUAUCAGAAGAAAGUUUUGAAGAACAGUCAAGUUUUAAUAAUAAGUCUAUGGAAAAAGCAAACUUGUUUGAUAACAUGAUGGUAUUGUUAACUAACAAAAUUGCAGAGUCUACAUCAACAUCAAAAAAAGUACAACUUGCGACACUUGCUCCAACAGACUGGUCAAUAAAAAAGGUGUCUGAAACAUUGUAUGUAACAAACUAUGUAGCUCAAACUGCACGUAAGUUAACAUUAGAUAAAGGUAUUUUAACUAUGCCUAAUCCUAAAUUAGGAAAAGCUCUUCCUGAUGUAACAGUUCAACUGGUCAAAACCUUUUACAAAGAUGAUGAACAUAGCUGUAUAAUGCCUGGUAAAAAGGACUAUGUAAGCAUAAAGAAAAAUGUCCACAUGCAAAAACGUUUGCUCUUAUGUAAUUUAAAGGAAUUGUUUGUUGCCUUUAAAACCAAGAACCCAGAAAUAAAAAUAGGAUUUUCAAGAUUUUGCACCUUGCGAAUUAAAUGGUGUAUUACUGUUGGUGCCUCAGGAACACAUUCUGUAUGCGUCUGUGCUAUUCAUCAGAAUUUGAAACUGCUUUUACAUCCUCUUGGCGUGACAUACAAAGAACUGUUACCUUAUAUUGUCUGUGAUAUAACUAAUAAAGACUGUAUGAUGAGGAAAUGUGAAAAAUGCCCAGCAACUAUGAGUGCAUUGGUUGAAAAACUUUAUGAUAUACUUGGAGAAUUUGAAGAUGAUGAUGAGAUUGAAUUUGAUCAAUGGACAACAACAGAUAGGUCAAACUUGACACAUAAUAAAGAACCAGUCUUUGAAUACAUUGAACUAGUAUGUAGAAAACUGGAAAAACUUGCACCACAUUCGUAUUUAGCAAAGAGUCAAGCAUUGUACCUGAGAUCAAGAAAGGAAGAUAUGAAUGAGGUAACAGCAUUAUUUCUGGGUGAUUUUUCAGAAAACUAUAAAUUUGUAGUUCAGGAUGAAGUGCAAAGCUUUCAUUGGACAAUUUUAUAAUUUACACUUCAUCCAGUGAUUAUUUAUUUCAAAAAAGAAGGCAUUCUCGAGCACAAAUCCUAUUGUAUUAUUUCGGAUGAUAUGAUCCAUGAUGUGAACAUGGUUUAUAAAAUUAUUGAGGUUGUUUGCAAUGAUAUAAAAACAAAUUUGCCUCAAAUAAAAAAUAUUGAAUACUUUUCAGAUGGGUGUGCAGGUCAAUAUAAGAAUUGCAAAAAUAUGUUAAAUCUUUGUUUCCAUUGUGAAGAUUUUGGUUUUACUGGUAAAUGGAACUUUUUUGCAACUAGUCACGGUAAGCAACCUUGUGAUAGGAUAGGUGGUACAGUCAAACGUCUUGUAACACUAGCAAGUUUGCAUAUGGGUAAUCAUAUUUUAUCUCCACAAACAAUGUAUAAAUAUUGCAAUGAAAACAUUGAAGGCAUAAAUUUAGUAUAUAUUUCAUCAGAAGAUUUAACUUUGGUGAGAACCGCUCUUAAAGAACAAUCGGAUACUGCUAAUACAAUACCUGGAACACGUAGUUACCAUCAGUUUGUACCACUUGGCCAUCAAAAGGUAGGCACUAAGCUAUGCAGUGUUGAUGAAGAAUUUGCUUUAAUUCAUGACUUUGGAAAUAUCAGAUAACAACUGUAAACCUAGUACCAGGUGAUUAUGCCUGUGUUUCCUAUGAGCCAAAAAGGUGGAUAGGAGUCAUUGAAGAUAUUAAUUUAGAAGAAAAAGAUGUGCUUGUAAAAUUUAUGUGUCCUAAUGGUUCUGCACGAUCGUUUAAAUGGCCACCAAAGGAAAGCCAAUGCUGGAUUCCUGAUGUCCACAUUAUUUGCAAAGUUGAGGUACCGAUAA